AUGCUCGUCAUCCGGGCCGCUGGUCCCGGGCAGACGGUGGUCAUCGGCCUGGCGGCGGAUUCUGGCUGUGGCAAGUCCACCUUCAUGCGCCGGGUGACAGGCGUGUUUGGCGGAGUGCCCAAGCCCCCAUCAGGUGGCAAUCCCGACUCCAACACCCUCAUCUCCGACAUGACCACCGUCAUCUGCCUGGACGACUAUCACUCCCUGGACAGGAACGGGAGGAAGGUGGAGAAGGUCACCGCCCUUCACCCCCGCGCCCAGAACUUUGACCUGAUGUAUGAGCAGGUCAAGGCCCUGAAGAACGGCCAGUCUGUGCAGAAGCCCAUCUACAACCACGUGACGGGGGCGCUGGAUCCGCCGGAGGAGAUCACUCCCCCCAAGAUCCUGAUCGUGGAGGGGCUGCACCCCUUCUUCGAUGAUCGCGUGAACGACCUCAUCGACUUCCGCAUCUACCUGGACAUCUCCGACGCCACCAAGUUUGCCUGGAAGAUCCAGAGGGACAUGGAGGAGAGGGGGCACUCCCUGGAGAGCAUCAAGGCCAGCAUCGAGUCUCGGAAACCCGACUUCGACGCUUACAUCGACCCCCAGAAGGCCAAGGCCGAUGUCAUCAUCCAGGUCCUGCCAACUGACCUGGUGCCGGAUGAGAAGGAGGGCAAGAUCCUGAGGGUGCGCCUGAUCCAGAAGGAGGGGCGCGAGCUGUUCAGCCCCAGCUACCUCUUCGACGAGGGGUCCACCAUCUCCUGGGUGCCGUGCGGCCGCAAGCUCACCUGCUCCUUCCCGGGCAUCAAGCUCUUCUAUGGGCCAGACACCUACUACGGCGAGGAUGUCUCGGUCCUGGAGAUGGACGGGCAGUUUGAGAAGCUGGAGGAGCUGAUCUACGUCGAGUCGCACCUCUCCAACACCUCCACCAAGUUCUAUGGCGAGAUCACGCAGCAGAUGCUGAAGAACAGCAACUUCCCGGGGUCCAAGAACGGCACGGGGCUCUUCCAGGUCAUCACCGGGCUGAAGGUCAGGGAAGUGUACGAGCAGCUCACGCAGCGCGAGGUGGCCAGGGUCUAA